UCCUCGAAACGGAUUGGGAAUCUGUUGGCGAGAAAUGGGAAUCUUCUGGACCAGCGCUGGGAAGCAGAUUCAGGUUAAACUGGUGCACAAAUCGGCGAACGUCCUGCACCUAUCGGUGGAAAACACCAGUGCAGAUGAGGAACGGCGCCGGAUGCUCGCGUUUGUGCUUGGGACCUUGGUCUGUUUUGCGAUUUGCGUCCUCCUUUUCCGACUGAGCACGGCUCACGCUGUGUUUCUUCUGCCGGCGUUGAUCUUUGGCUAUCUGUACAGCAACGUUAUAAGGUCGGAACAAUUGGUUCUAGUCAAAGACUUUGCCCUCCAAUGCUCCACAGCCUACGCCAACGGGACCGUCCGUAAUUCGUUGAUACCGAUAGAGUACAUCCAGGACAUCAUCAUCAACGAGGUUUUCUACAACUUGAAAGUCAUAUUUGUGCUGCAAGUGCUCACUAAAGGGAAUCUAUUUAGGCGGAAACCCAUCAUAACGCUGCUGCAGCAUCUUAAACCCGGACUGUCCUGUCUAAAACUAGUAUUCGAAGAGAUACAUGCCGUGCUGGAGAUUGAAGACUGUUGAGCGAACAGGCGCAGUCGGCUAGUUGCGAGAACCCGGAAAGAACUUCUCGAGAACAUCCAGC